CGCCGCCGCCGCCGCCCCUGGCCCGCCGCCCCCUGCCUCCCGCCCGGCUCGUCUCCUGGAGCGCCAUGCCGCUUUUCACAGUCAAUGUAAAAUGGGGCAAGGAGAAAUUUGAUGGAGUGGAGCUGAAUACUGAUGAACCGCCGAUGGUAUUCAAAGCUCAGCUUUUUGCUUUGACUGGAGUUCAGCCGGACAGACAGAAAGUGAUGAUGAAGGGUGGAACUUUAAAGGAUGACGACUGGGGCAACUUCAAAAUAAAGAAUGGGAUGACCUUAUUAAUGAUAGGUUCUGCUGAUGCACUUCCUGAAGAGCCAGUUACUCGGCCUGUCUUUGUGGAAGAUAUGACAGAAGAACAGUUAGCCUCAGCUAUGGAGUUACCGUGUGGCUUAACAAAUCUUGGGAAUACUUGUUAUAUGAAUGCUACGGUUCAGUGUAUUCGCUCUGUGCCAGAACUGAAAGAGGCCCUUAAGAGAUAUGCUGGUGCCUUAAGAGCUUCAGGUGAAAUGGCCUCUGCUCAGUAUAUUACUGCAGCUCUUAGAGAUUUAUUUGAUUCCAUGGAUAAAACCUCUUCUAGUAUCCCUCCCAUCAUUCUUCUCCAGUUUUUACAUAUGGCCUUUCCCCAGUUUGCGGAGAAAGGGGAUCAAGGCCAAUAUCUUCAACAGGAUGCCAAUGAAUGUUGGGUACAGAUGAUGAGAGUAUUGCAGCAGAAGUUAGAAGGGAUAGAAGGUGACACAGUUAUGGAAACGGACUCUGGAGCUUCAGGAGCAGCAGCAGCAGCAGCAGCACCUCCUCCUAAAAAGAAGAGCUUAAUUGACCAGUUUUUCAGUAUUGAGUUUGAAACUACCAUGAAAUGCACAGAAGCUGAAGAGGAGGAGGUGACAAAAGGAAGAGAGAAUCAACUCCAGCUUAGUUGCUUUAUCAAUCAAGAAGUUAAAUAUCUUUUCACAGGUCUUAAACUGCGUCUUCAAGAAGAAAUUACCAAACUGUCUCCAACGUUGCAAAGAAAUGCCCUUUACAUAAAAUCUUCCAAGAUAAGUCGCUUGCCUGCUUAUCUGACUAUUCAGAUGGUGCGAUUCUUUUACAAAGAGAAAGAAUCUGUAAAUGCCAAAGUUCUCAAGGAUGUUAAAUUUCCUCUUAUGUUGGAUGUAUAUGAACUAUGUACAUCAGAGCUUCAAGAAAAGAUGGUCUCAUAUCGAUCAAAAUUCAAGGACUUGGAAGACAAAAAAGUAAAUCAGCAGCCAAAGAAUUCUAGUAAAGGUGAUGGUGCACAGAAGGAAGCUAAAUACGAGCAGUUUUCCUUUUCUGAUGAUAUUGGCUCCAAUAACUGUGGUUAUUAUGAACUUCAGGCAGUACUAACACACCAGGGAAGAUCUAGUUCUUCUGGACACUAUGUAUCUUGGGUUAAAAGAAAACAAGAUGAAUGGAUUAAAUUUGAUGAUGACAAAGUCAGCAUUGUUACACCUGAAGAUAUUUUGAGGCUAUCUGGUGGCGGAGACUGGCAUAUAGCUUAUGUUCUACUUUAUGGGCCACGGAGAAUUGAAGUAAUGGAAACUGAAGCUGAACAAUAGACUUCAUUUCUACCCAUUUCUGCCUAGGUGUGAAAUAAAUUUCUUAACUCCAGUCCUUCAUAUAGAGGCUGCAAAAUUGUAUGAACCAAUCUCAUUUGGAGCAGCAAAGCAGUAAAACAUGUUUAAAAUUGAUCUGUGCGCGAAAGCCACUACUAGAUGAUGCAGCCACUCAAUCGUGGUAGCAGGUUAAUGUAUUUGAAAUUAAUUUUAGUUGAUGUGUUACAAAAGUCAAUUUUUAAACCAAUCUAACCACUGGUGAAUUAGGUGAGCCUUUUGCCCUUCAGCCUAACAUUAACAGCAAGAUGUUUAUUACACACCUACUCAUGCAUCAUUUGUUGUUAAUUCUUGCAUGGUUUCUACCAGUUCAGUAGCUGUCCAUUCUUUCUAUUGUGUCUGACACCUGUCAGAAAGGUGAAAAAUCAAUUGUUGCCUCAACAUGUAACUCAGUGCUGCUGCCCAUAGCCUACGGAAAUAUGGCUACAAUCACAUAUUUGUCCAGCCUGAUGUGCCAACUCAGUCUGCUCUGUUGCUGGCAUUUCAUGACUUUAAAUAAAUGGUGAUCAGUAAUGAUGGUGCUUCUUAUAUAA